UUCCGACCUCCCGCUCUGUCAGUCAGAUGAGAAGAGUGACAAAAUGCCUCAGGAUUAAAAAUGUAUCGACUUUUAUAACUUUUAAACCGUGAUGGUUUAAAUAAGGGAAAUAGUAGAGUUCAUACUGGGGAGUUUAUGUAGCUAAAAACAAUGACCCGCUGAUUUACAGACGUCUCUUUCCGUAAGUCAAUAGGGCAAAGUGAAACCGUUUGGCCGCUAGGGACACUCAGAAACCUGCUUCAGCAGCUCUUCGGGAUGCUUUUAAUUGGUUUACUUUUGCACAAAUUGACUAAUUACUUGUAUAAUUUCAUGUCAUUAAUAAGAGCAAUACAUACUGGGACAUUUUUGACAUAUCUUUGCUAAAUAAAACGCAACACCGGAGCUCUAGCUGUGAAGCAGUGACGUCAGUGACCACCGGGGGGCAGGCUUUCAUUUUCUCCCCGUUCUGAGGUCAGGCUCCCGGAAGCACACGAGGAAAACACCACGGUCCGCAUGUGGAGCUGCAGACAUACCGAAUAACAGACUGAAAAUUCACUUUAAUCAAGACGACUCGCACCAGGACGACUUGAACCAGCAGGAGUCUGGUUCUUAUCCAACAUGGAGGAAGUAAUCCAGCUGCCGCAGCCCCGGCCCCUGAAGAGGAAGCAGCCCCGGCCGGAGAGCUCCGACCCCAGGGAGGAGGAGCGGCGCCGGCUCAGGAACGUGAGCCGGCUGGCGGUGCUGGGGGGGCAGGACCAGUCGGUGAAACUGCUGGAGGAUCUGCUGUUCGGGGGCGAGGAGGAGCUGGUGGAGAAACUCGAGGAGGUGGAUGAGGAGCCGACGGUCGUCUCAUUGCACGACGGAGACGAUGAGUCCGGAGAGUCAGAGGACGAAGGGCGAGCGAAGCCAGCGGCAAACCGAGAGGCGGUGUGGAUCGACGAGGACGACAAGCGGGAGGAGCAGGUGGACAUGAAGCAUCGAUUCCGCAGAGACCUGAUCCGAGGAGACGCAGAGGAGACCCUGAGCAAACAGAGACUCCAGCAGAGGAUGAGAGAGCAAUUUCAGAAGUCAAUGGGAGGAGCACCCUCGUGGGCAGACAGCAGCGUGAAGAAGAAGAACGCUGAUGAUGAAGAGGAGGAGGAGCUGAUGAGGAGGACGGGGAACUUCGUGGCGUCUUCCGAGCGUCUGCCCGGCAACAUCCUGAGGAUGAAGAAGUGCCUUCACGCCAACGCAGCCCGCCCCUCGCCGGACGCUCUCACCUCCGUCCAGUUCCACCCCAAUGCUCAGGUCGUCAUGGCCGCCGGCCUGGACCAAUCACUGAGCCUGUUCCAGGUGGAUGGGAAGUCGAACCCUCAGAUCCAGAGCAUCCGGCUGGAGAAGUUUCCGGUCCACCGGGCGGCGUUCAGCCAGGACGGUGAGACGGUGAUCGCCACGAGUCUGAGGAACAAGAUGUUCUACCUGUACGACAUGAUGGAGGGCCGAGUAACCCCCGUCACCUCCGUCAGGGGUCUGACGGAAGCGCGGGUGAAGGAGUUCUCCGUGUGUCCUGAAGGAGGCGCUCUGCUGCUGAGCGGGACCAGAGGCUACCUGCACCUCCUCACUCUGAAGACCCGGGAGGUCGUGAGCAGCCUGAAGAUCAAUGGGGAGGUCAGCGGCGUCGCCUUCUCCCCCGACGGCAGCAAGGUGUUCGCCAACUCAGCGGAGGGGGAGGUGUAUGUGUGGGAUCUGCGAAGCUCUCGAUGUGUGUGCAGGUUUUCUGAUGAAGGGUGUGUUACGGGGACCUCCAUCGCCGCCUCCAAAGACGGACGCUACCUGGCCUGCGGGUCUCAGUCGGGCGUGGUGAACGUGUACUCUCAGGAGGCGUGUCUCCGCUCAGAUAAGCCCCGCCCCCUGAAGGCUGUGAUGAACCUGCUGACCCCAGUCACAGCGCUGACCUUUAACCCCUCCUCGGAGAUCCUCGCCAUGGCAUCCCGCAGCGAGGACGAGGCGGUGCGCCUGCUGCACCUCCCCUCCCUCAGUGUGUUCUCGAAUUUCCCGGUCUCCAAGAGGAAGAUCGUGUACCGUGCCGCCAGCCUCGACUUCUCCCCUCACAGCGGCUUCUUCUCAUUGGCCAACAACAAAGGACACGCUCCACUCUUCCGGUUGAUGCAUUACAAAGACUUCUGAGCGGCCGGACUCGGCUCCGUCUGAACGCUGACAGCUUCCCCCCCUCAGGACCUGAUCUGUGCCGCAGGGGUCUCUGUGGGUCUGUGAGACCUCAGAGAGCAGCACAAACAUCCUGUUGAUUUGUAUUGUAUUAAUUCAUCUUUAUAAAGAAACUAUAACCGUUCAGCCUGCAUCUGUGUGCUUUACCCAGAAACAAGGAGGACCAAGAAGAAGCAGGGGAACUGUUAGCCUAGCAUAGCGUAGCCUAGCCUAGCUUAGCUUAAUUAAAGAGAAAAUUGACUUUGCUCCGUCAAUUAAUUUAACUUGCAUGUUUAUAUUAGUGGACUGUUCCUAUUAUCUCAUACCUUUUGACUUUAAGUACUUUAGUCUUAAAUGUAUAAACAGGAGAAAUCCAGGAGCAUGUAGAACAUCUGAUUCAUGGAAAUGAAAACCUAUUUUGAAGUUAGCCCAGAGAUUUUAGAAAAGAAAUCUGUAUUUUUUAAACUCAAAAAGAACAAAGUAUAUAUUUUCAGAUUUUGAAAGAAAAGUCUGAAUUUGGAGAAACAAAGGUCUGCUCUGAUUGGUUAGCUGGCCCACUGAUUGUUUCGAUAUUCCCAAAAGAAUCCUGUUAAAACAUGGUGCGUUCAGGGACUCCUUGGACAGUUUGCAGUUGUCCUUUGGUAAACUUGUUAUUCAGAUUAUUCCGACACCACCUGAACACAGCAAGAGUUUUGCAACACAGAUGAAUAGAUUCGGCCAAUCAGAGGCCGGGAGGAGCCACGCCAAACUGGAUUCACCACCUCACACUCACACACACUCACCCAUCAGGAAUGUCCUCAGAUGUAAAGAUGAGAUCUGAAUAAAGUUGAACUUAAUCUGAGAUUUGAGAUUAUUGUUUGUAAGAAGUAGGAUUAAUCUGAAAAUACAAACAUGUUGGAUGCAUUGGAAAUAAAGGAUCUCUUUUUAGUUACUCUUA